AUGCUGGAACUGUUGAGAGGGAAAAGGCUACUUUAUGUGGGCGAUUCCAUCAAUAGGAAUCAAUUUGAAUCCAUGGUGUGCAUGUUAGUGGGAGAUAUAAGAGAUCCAAAUAGGCCCAGAAUCAAACAUGAGAAGGGGAUGUAUAGUUUCAGCUUUGUGGAUUACAAGUGUAAAGUUGAAUUUUCCCCGUCCGUUUUCUUGGUUGAUAAAAGCAUGAAAAGAGUAGGGAAGAAGCAGGUCCCAACCUUGCGAAUAGAUUCCAUUGAUCGCAUUUCAUAUCAUUGGAGAGGAGCUGAUAUUGUGAUAUUCGACACUGAACAUUGGUGGACCGAUCAAAAAACUAAUGCAGGGGUUAAUUUCUACCAGGAAGGGGACCAAAUUCAUCCAUAUCUUGAUGUUUAUACAGCCCUCAGAAAAGGUAUGAUGACCUGGGCAUCAUGGGUUGAUAAACACACCGAUCCACGCAAAACCCAAGUUUUCUUUCGGACUUCAUCGCCAACACAUUUCAGUGGAGGUGAAUGGAAAUCACGCCGGAGUUGUAUAGGAGCUACUGAACCCCUCCUCCGAGAUUCAGGAAUUGCAAACGAGAAAGAUAGAAUUGCAGUGGAGGUUAUAAAGCAGAUGAAAACUCGCGUGACUUUGUUGAACAUAACAAGCAUGUCAGAGUAUAGAAUAGAUGCUCAUCCAUCAGGCAUUCUAGAUUGUAGUCAUUGGUGUCUUCCUGGUCUUCCUGAUAUCUGGAAUGAAUUGUUGUAUCAUCAUUUGCUCACUAACUGA